UGCUAACUAUAUAUUUGUGUAUUGGUGUACAAUAGUAGGCAGGGUUGUACACAGGGGCGGACUGACAACUAAUGGGGCUCCCGGGCAAUAGGAGAUCAUGGGGCCCCUGUGUCCUUGCCCAAACUCAAAAAAGCCUUUGAAAAAGGUACCAGGGGCAUCUCAUGGGUGCCCUCUACUGACCCCGGACCCUCGGGCAGUGCCCGAGUUUCCAAAUGGUCAGUCCGCCCCUGGUUGUACAUCUACC